AUGACGUCUCCAUGGAGCCGUUCCGUUCGCUUGGCUGUAUGUACUGUAAACAACUGGGCUCUUGAUUUCAAGGGAAACCUUGGGCGCAUACUAAGAACUUGUGAAGAGGCGCAUCGAGCACGUGCUCGAUUAAGACUUGGUCCCGAGCUCGAGAUCCCAGGUUACGGUUGUGCUGAUCACUUCUUUGAGGUUGAUACAGAGAUCCAUUCAUGGGAAAUUCUGAAGGAAAUCGUCAGCAAAUCUAAGCAGUGGCCAUCCCUUUUGAUCGUGACUGGAAUGCCUGUUCGGCACAAGAUUCUACUCUACAACUGUCUGGUGACUGUGUUGAAUGGGAAGAUAUUGUUAAUACGCCCCAAAAUGGUUUUAUGCGAUGACGACGUCUACAGAGAAACCCGUUGGUUUGUACGAUGGUCAAAACCUCUUUCCACAGUUGAGUUUCGGCUCAACGAUGCAUAUGGAUUCGAACAGUGCACUGUUCCUUUCGGCGAUGGAAUAUUGAGAUCGCACGAUGACGUUACGAUUGGUUUUGAAAUCUGUGAAGAACUGUGGACGGCGCACUCGCAACAUACGGAACUAGGAUUACGCGGUGUGGAUAUCAUAUGUAACGGCAGUGCCAGUCACCAUAUACUCGGAAAAUCCAAUUAUCGUCUCAACCAGCUUAUUCUAGGAGGAAGUCAAAAGGCGGGCGGAAUUUACCUAUACAGCAACCAUCGUGGUUGCGAUGGUGAUCGUGUUUAUUAUGACGGAGCCUCGACAAUCGCUCAGAAUGGGAAGCUUUACGCCCAGAUCCACCAAUUUGACAUUGAGGAUACUUGUGUUGCGACAGCGGUCCUAAAUCUCAAUGAAACCGUCUCCUUCCGUCAAAAAAAGCGCAGUAGUUGCUACGAAGCUUCCCUUCUUCCUGAAUAUGCCGCUAUCAGCUUCGAUGCUAUCUUAACUCUAGAAGAAUCAUCGUUACCUUUAACUGAAGAAAUCAAAGAAGUUGAAAAGUUGCAGCUGAGUCCAACGGAGGAAUUGUGCCAUGGUCCACCUGCCUGGCUCUGGCACUACCUGAGAAGAAGUAAAAUGAGUGGAUAUUUUGUACCGCUGUCGGGUGGUCAAGACAGUUCUUCUGUUGCUGCAAUGGUGCGUCUGAUGUGCAACAAGGUUUGUGAUGCUGUAAGAAAGAGGAGAGAAACAGACGGUGGCGAUGAUCCAUCAUAUUAUCUAAAUGGAGAAUUUGUUGGCGAAGAUCCUUCUCAUUUGUGCAACAAGGUUCUAUUCACCUGCUACAUGGCUAGUGAACAUUCCUCAGCUGGAACGAGGGCGUGCGCUGAUGGUUUGGCUAAGGACAUAAACAGCAAUCAUUCCAGUCUCUUUAUCGACACGGUAGUUUCUGCUGUUCUCGCCAUUUUCAGUCUAGCUCAAGGUUUCAUCCCUAGUUUCAAUAGUGAUGAUGCCAGAGAGGGCCUGGCGCUCCAGAAUUUACAAGCAAGGCUGAGGAUGGUUAUAGCCUAUCUAUUCGCACAACUAUGUUUAAUUACCAAAGGUCGUUCGGGGUGUCUUCUUGUAUUGGGUACUUCCAAUGUGGACGAGACGUUGGUUGGUUACUUGACGAAAUACGACUGCUCUUCUGCGGAUAUCAAUCCAAUUGGAUCAAUUAGUAAAACAGAUUUGCGAAAAUUUUUAGAAAAGGCUCAUGAUGAUUACGGGAUGAAGUCUUUGAAAGAAGUACUCAAUGCAGUCCCAACCGCAGAGCUCAAGCCUCUUGUUAAUGGUGAUGUAGCACAAACAGAUGAGGAAGAAAUCGGCCUUACGUACGACGAACUUUCUGUUAUUGGUCGACUGAGACGCCCACUUGGUAUGGGACCCUACAGCACGUUUUUGGCUCUGAGCUCUAUGUGGUAUCCAAAAUACUCAUAUGAAGAGAUAGAAGAAAAAGUGAGACGAUUCUACUGGCGAUAUCGAGUCAACAGGCAUAAAGCAACUGUAGCAACUCCUGCUUACCAUGCGACGGAAUACAGCCCUGAUGACCACAGAAAUGAUCAUCGGCCUUUUUUAUACCCGGAUAUGGUGUACCAAUUUGAAAAGAUUCGCUCAAAGGUUGAGGAGCUAAAUGCUAUCAAAGGAUAG